UAUGUUUAUUAAGCUAUUAUGACCAUUGGCUACUUCCCAAAAUACUGGUAAUGACUAAUUUCAGGUUUUUCCAUGCUUGUUGGAACAUUUGAUAGUAUAACCUAAGCAAGGUUUUCUUUUCUCCCUGUGACUAUUAGUGGAUGCCAUCUAGCGAGAUCUGUCAAUGGCAGCACACGUAAGAUAGCAAGAGUAAAGAAAGAGUGCAACAAGAGCAGAAAAUCAAUAAAAAAGUUUAAUGACUCUCAGAAAUUACGGAGGCAGAAUGAUCCGAACAGCGCGAAUGAAGUUGAGUCUGACUCGUCUGAUCAAACUUCAGAAGCACAACCAUCUCCACUCCCAACACUCAGGUUGGGGCAGCUCAGAGGACGUCUGGAUGAAAAUGCUGAGUAAAGAGAUAAAGUACGAACACAGCAAGAGCAGUUUAGACCGACACCCGUCACUGCAGCCCAAAAUGAGAGCCAUGCUGCUCGACUGGCUCAUGGAGGUGUGUGAAGCAUACACACUUCACAGACAGACCUUCUACCUGGCUCAGGACUUCUUUGACAGGUACAUGUCGUCCCAAAGUGACGUGCAGAAGGAUCAGCUGCAGCUCAUAGGAAUCACUGCUCUGUUCAUCUCCUCUAAAAUAGAGGAAAUAUAUCCUCCAAAAAUCACUGAGCUGGCUUAUGUGUCUGACGGAGCGUGUCUGGCUGAGGAGAUCCUGCAGAUGGAGCUGAUCAUGUUGAAGGCAUUAAACUGGGAACUUUGUCCAGAGACUGUUGUUUCGUGGAUGAAGCUCUACAUUCAGAUCGCCUCACUAAACGACGUCACCAAUCUAUUAGUACCACAGUUUCCUCAGGAAACCUACAUUCAGAUCACACAGCUCUUGGAUUUGUGCAUCCUUGAUAUGAACUCUUUGGACUUUAAAUAUGGAGUCUUAGCAGCAGCUGCUUUAUGCCACUUCAUGUCAGCUGAUGUUGUCCAAAAAGUAUCGGGACUGAAAUGGGAGGCCAUUGAGAUGUGUGUGAACUGGAUGGCUCCUUUCGUGGAGACCAUGAUGCGUUAUGAGAGCGCACAGCUGAAAGAAUUUGGCCAAGUGCCGUCUGAGGACAGACACAACAUUCAGACACACGUGGACUACCUCUGCAUGCUGAAAGAGGCUCAGGAGAAACAAUCAGAAAGCCUGGAGCCCUUCUUCCCACCAACACCACCAAGCAGCGCUGAGAAACCCAGUUAACAGUAGUGUUCACACAGCAGGACCACUCAGUGUGCCUUACUCAAGUGUACUGUGAUCUAUACCAUCACUCUAGUUCAGGUCAUAAGUUGUCAAAUUGAUAUAUUUACCAUUUGCACAGGGCUUGAACUGCUAUUAUGUAACAAAAUAGACUUUAAGAAACUGCACUGUUUUGUGUUCUGAAUAGGCAACUUGUGUUCCCCAAUGUGAGUUAUGGUUCUCUUAUACUUUAUAGUACAACAAUAUUUGUGCAAAAAUAAGAGCAGGCCUCAGGAUUGCUGGUGUGGUAUUUUUGUAUUUUUUCUAUUUUAUUUUUCUCUGGCGUGCAAAUGAUGACUUAAAAUGUAAUUCAUGAAAAUAUCAGAUUGAAAAUAUCAGUGUUUUUUAUUAUACAGCAUAAUUUAAGUAUACUGUUUAUUUGUAUAUAGAAUGUAAGAUGUUUAAAUAUAAAUACUAAUUUCAACUUUUCCAAAGGCAUUAAAUUGUGCAUUUUAUUGUUCCUUAUGAUUAUGAUUGUUCCUUUUGUGAAAAUUUGUGUGUGUAUAUAUAUAUAUAUAUAUACAUAUAUAUAUAUAUAUAUAUAUAUAUAUAUUAUAUAUAUACACAUACACACACACACACCUCUGUGUACAUUUGUACAUUACAAAAAUAGGAGACGACAUGAAUUAGCAUAGGAAUAUUUAUUUGAAAAAUGUUUUGUAAUUAUUAUUUUUUUCCCAGUUUAAAAAAAAAAACACUCUUUUGAAAUGAAAUUAAAAGUAGAGUUUAGCCAAGGCCUGUAGGAAUUUCUUCUUCCUUUUUUGUGCUGCAAGCUGCAGGACUUCCUCUGGAUUACUGGAGUUUAACUCUGUCUGUCCGAUGGCCUUGAUCUGUGUUCAAAGAGAUUAACCAUCAUUACCUUCAUAUCCAUGUACUGAGCUCAUUUAGAUUCUUUUGUGAUGUCUAAUUGUUCCAUAUGAAAAUCAAGCAACUUUUGUACAAAUCUUGCUUUGAAUCUGCACUGAAAUUAAAUAUUGGUAGAUAUUGUUAGAUUGUAUUUCUACACUAUCUACAAUAAAUGUUUAGAAACUA